ACAUGAAAGAAAUCCUCAGUCUUCGAAAGUCAUUCAAACGGAAUCUGUUAUCGUAGCACUGCUCUCAACUGCAGUCUCCCUCCAGUUCAUACGCUGUUUUUUUCCAAGUCAGUCAAAUUGUGAUUCUCGUGGUGAAAGGAGAACAUAUUAAAUAUCAAAAAAAGCAACAGAACAAAAAAAGAAAGUAAUUCUAAUGUCAAGAAAAUCACCCAGCCCUCUCAGAAAUUUGAGCAUUUGUUGAUCUUUGUUUACUCGUGACUUUUUGUGAGAGAUACGCGCGUUACCAAGAAAAUUGUGGUGAACUUCUUGUUGGUGUCGUGUGCUAAAAUUCUUUUGCUUUUUGUUCUCCACAUGUGCUGUUAAUUGAUGCGUUUUGUUUUUGUCUUAAGUGAAAGUUCGUAAAUCGAGAGAUUAUUCGUAAUUAAUUUAGUGUUAUCGUGGAAUUUAACGAAAUUUGAUAUUGUCCUGAAAUUUUUGAACAUAAAAUAAGUCAUCAUGUCAAAGAAGGAGAAUACACCAAUUGUAAUUGAUUUCAAAGACCGUAACACUGGCUAUGGUUCAGCUACUACAACGACGACGACCGCGGCUAAUGCCACAAAUCACCCGUUCCCCACAACAACUGGCAACAAUAAUAACAAUAAUCCAGACGCAGCAAAACCAAGAUCCUCGGUAUUCUGUUUGCACGGUCAACGUAACAUAGAGGUGCGUGAUCAUUGCCAUCGCCAGCGCAGCGAAGGUGUGGACGUUAAGGCAAGACGCAAACUUCUCAUUGCCAGCGGUCUUUGCUUAUUUUUCAUGAUAUGCGAAAUUGUGGGUGGCAUUUGGUCAAAUAGUUUGGCAAUUGCAACAGAUGCUGCUCACUUGUUAACCGAUUUUGCAAGUUUUAUGAUAUCCUUGUUUGCCAUAUGGAUUGCCGGUCGACCUUCAACCCAACGCAUGUCCUUUGGCUGGUACCGAGCCGAAGUGAUUGGAGCCCUGGCAUCGGUUGUCAUGAUUUGGUUCAUAACAGCCAUUCUGGUAUGGCUGGCCAUACAACGUGUCAUAAACCAAGAUUUCGAACUGAACGCUCCAAUCAUGUUAAUAACAUCAGGCUUGGCAAUUUUGGUCAAUUUAAUCAUGGGCGUUCAACUGCAACACGGCCACAGUCAUGGUGGCGGAAUGGGUCACAGCCAUGGUGGCAAGAAGAAGAAAGGCAAGACAUCAUCAACAACCCAUACUAGCGACAUGUCGUUGACACCGGCCCAAAAAUCAUCACCAUUCCCAGAAUUCGUCAAUGAAAAUGGUAGUCGGUCACAUGUCGUCUGCCCUACACCACCAACAGAGACUCUGGAAGGCGGUGUUCUGCCAGAUGCUGAAUUACCAUCGGCAGGUCUACAAACAUUUUCAUAUCAGAAUUCCCGUUCGGUUAGCGAAGUCAGGUCAGAAAUGGCAGCUGUUAUGGCCGAGACAUCGGUGGGCACUCAUCACCAUGGCGGCGAAGCUGGAAAAGAAGCUCAAAAUAUGAAUGUCCGAGCUGCUUACAUACAUGUACUUGGUGAUAUGGUUCAGAGUGUUGGUGUGUUCAUUGCCGCUUUGGUUAUAUACUUCAAACCCGAAUGGUCAUUGGCCGAUCCCAUUUGCACUUUUGUCUUUUCAAUAAUUGUGCUCUUUACAACCUUUGCCAUUAUCAAGGAUGCAUUGCUGGUCCUCAUGGAGGGUACACCAAGCUAUUUGCAUUAUGCGGAAGUUCUUAACAUUUUCCAACAAAUCGAGGGUGUACAGCGUGUUCAUAAUUUGCGUAUUUGGGCUCUGAGCAUUAAUAAAGUGGCGUUAUCUGUUCACUUGGCAAUUGCUGAAGGUGCUGAUCCCAAAAAAAUAAUGCAGGAAGCCACCACUGCUGUUCACAUGCGUUACAACUUCUUUGAGACAACCAUACAAAUUGAGGAUUUCACACCCGAAAUGGAAACCUGCACACAGUGCACCGUGCCAGAAGUUUGAGCUGAUGAUGCCAUCAAACGGAGAUGCUGUGAAGGGUUAGUUUUUGCUGCCAGCUUCGUUAUUAACUUACACAACAUAUACGAGUACGAUAGCUGCUGCUUCGUCAACAACUUCUUUCAUUUCAUUUCAAGCAAACAACAACAACAUCAACUUAACAGCAAAAACUGACAUCCUUAUAUGUGGGGAGACAGACCGGCGAUAUCCAAUUCACUCAAACACUCACUCACACACACACACUUUGGAGACAUUACACACACAUAACAUUUCUUCAAAAUGUAUAUUUCAUAGGAAAAUGCAGCCAUAGCUGAGACUUACAUAUGUAUGUCCCAACAAAAAGAAACCUAAUAUUACACAUAAGAGGGUCUCACGAUUUGUUGUGAGAGAUUACAGAAAAAUUAAAACUAAAAAUUCAAAAAUGGAAAAAUUGCAAAUUUCAAUUUUUUUAAGGAAAGCAAGGCUAAAUUAAACAGUUAAUCUAAAUUGAAAUAUUUUUAUUUAAAAUAUAUUUAUAUUUUUCAAUGAUUUUUAAAUUUUUAAUGGAAUCUUCGAAUCUACUGUUUUUCUUACGAAAUUUGAAAUUCGUAGUGCUAUAUUUGAAAAAUUUGAAAUUGGCAUUCGAUAUGUCAUAAUUUUUCUGUAAUGCUCAUAUGUUGCUUAAUUUUGGGACAGCCUGUUUAACUAGUUUGGAACAUACAGCGUGGCUGCAUUUUGACAUUUUUACCAUUUCCUUGUGAGUUGUGGUACUAGUUUUCGUUUUGUUGAAAUUAAAUUCAACAAGAGGAAAAACAAAACACAACAUCACUUUUUCUUGUCUCCCCCUCCCUCUCCUUCCCUUCCCUGCCUUUCUAUUCCCAAGUCAAUGUGUUAAAUUGCAAGAAAAUUAUAUUUCUUAUGUUUUUGUUUUUUAUUGUAGUUUUAUUUUCAUUUUCUUAUUGCAGUUGUGUACUCUUCUCGUUUUGUUAAACUAAAACAAUGGUUUAAAGAAAUUUGUUACAAUUUAAGUUCAAGCAUUGUAUUUAGUGAACAACAAACUAUAUUUGCUUGUUAUUUUGUCUGUUCAGUUAUUUAUGUAUCUAUGUAUGUAUGUAUGUAUGUACAUUUUAUAUAAAAUAUAUAUAAAACUAUACCGAAGAAGAAGUAUUUUAAUUUAAUAAUUUUGUAAAAGAACAAUAUUAUUAUUACUGCCCAUAAUCAAAGAUUAUUGCAUACAAAACGACCUGCAUAUGUCUUCAAUUAAUGGCAAGCAAAAAUGAGCAAGCAACAACAACAACAGCAACAACUGAAUAAAUUUCAUUUUGCAAAUCUAUCUACACAAAUAUGCAUUAGGACAAGCCAAAUAAAUGUAUACAUACAUAUGUUAUUACAUUGUGUAAAAUAUAAUAUUUAGAUUGUUUAAAAGGAAAAUUCCAUAUUCUUCAACACAAAAUAACAUAGAUAUAGGAUAGAUUCCACACAUACCUUCUUAACAAAAUAUGUGAUUGUGUGUGUGCAUUCAAGGUUCAUCGAAACCAUAGCAAUAGAAUGCUGCAGCAUCAUAACUCAAUAAAAUGAAAGUUUAUUAAAUAUUUUAUAAGGAUAAAUAUUAUUUGUUAAUAAUAUUUUGCCUUAUGAUGGGGUGGGGGUUUGGUAUGUAAAAUAAGAAUUUUGUUACUUUAAUUAAGACAAAUUAAAUAAAUAAUUAAACAAUAAUUCCA